UCCUGAAUUAUCCGACAUGGAGGCAUUUGCAAGGAUGGCCAACUUCUCUGCAGAUUCGAGUGGCGGGGACGAGAGAGGGAGCAAGGAGAAUUCGCUGAGGAAUCUCACCAAAAGAGCCACAAACCUUAGUCUUCCCGGCCUCGCUGGAAACACGCGCUCUCUGUGGAUAUUUAGCGAGGAAAAUUUCAUCAGAAAGUACGCUAAGAUUAUCAUAGAGUGGGGGCCGUUCGAGUAUAUGGUCCUGCUGACGAUCAUCGCCAACUGUAUAGUACUUGCACUAGAAAACCAUCUUCCAGAAAAUGACAAAACUGCACUAUCAACUCAACUGGAUGAAACCGAAGUGUACUUUUUAGCAAUAUUCUGUGUAGAAGCUGUUUUAAAAAUAGUAGCCUUAGGAUUUAUACUUCACAAAGGAUCGUAUUUAAGAAACGUGUGGAAUAUUAUGGAUUUUAUAGUAGUUGUAACCGGGUUACUGACCAAAUUCAUUGGCCAAAGUGAAAAUGUAGGUAUUGACUUGCGAACACUCCGAGCGGUUAGGGUAUUAAGGCCAUUAAAACUUGUCUCAGGAAUACCAAGUCUCCAAGUAGUCCUAAAGUCCAUAAUUCGAGCAAUGGCGCCCUUGUUACAGAUUGGUUUACUUGUAUUGUUCGCCAUUAUAAUCUUUGCCAUUGUCGGCCUGGAGUUCUACAGUGGGGUGUUUCAUACUACAUGUUAUACCACAGGGAAUGGAAAAGAGGCUGUGCCUGUAUUAGGUGAAGUGGAGCUUCGACCUUGUGUUCAUGGUGCUCAGAAAGAUGAUAGAGAUGCCCCUGGAGGACUCAUCUGCCCUGAAGGCACUUCAUGUAAAGAGUACUGGGAAGGUCCCAACUAUGGUAUAACCAGUUUUGACAAUAUAGGGUUUGCAAUGUUAACAGUUUUCCAAUGCAUCACCAUGGAGGGUUGGACUAACAUUAUGUAUUAUACAAAUGAUGCUCUAGGCAGUACAUUCAAUGGUUUCUACUUUAUCUCACUGAUCAUCCUUGGAUCUUUCUUCAUGCUCAACUUAAUCCUUGGUGUUCUAAGUGGAGAGUUUGCCAAGGAGAGAGAAAGGGUCGAAAACAGACGCCACUUUUUAAAGCUGCGACGUCAAACCCAAAUCGAGAGAGAGCUCAACGGGUAUUUAGAAUGGAUAUGUAAAGCAGAGCUUAGUACAUUAAAUGAAGGUGCAUUAACAGAAGAAGAAAAGUUCCGAAUUUUAGAAGCUCGCAGGAGGGCCAAGAAAAUUAAACGAUUAAAAGAUGGUAAAGAGAUUGACUCUCUUGAUGAUGAUGACGAUCUGUUUGCUGAUAUGAAUAUGAGUAAUCUGUUCAGCAGGUCGGGCUUUGGUGCAAAUAAGAAACAACAGAAGGGCUUCUGGAGACGAGAGAGAAUUCUCAGGAUAAAUGCAAGACGAAUGGUGAAAAGCCAAGCAUUCUACUGGGUGGUGAUUGUCCUUGUGUUCCUCAAUUCUGCUUGUUAUAUAGUGGAGCAUUAUAAUCAACCACAGUGGCUCACAGACUUUCUAUCCUAUGCUGAAUAUGUGUUUUUGGGGCUCUUUAUAAUUGAGAUGUUCGUGAAGAUGUACGCACUGGGAUUCAGAAUGUAUUUCAAAUCUUCGUUCAAUAUAUUUGAUUGUAUCGUAAUCGUAGGCAGUAUAUUUGAAGUAGUUUGGUCUCACUUUAAAAAUGGCUCCUUUGGCAUCAGUGUACUGAGGGCCCUAAGGUUGCUCAGAAUAUUCAAGGUGACAAGGUACUGGUCUUCAUUGAGGAACCUUGUGAUCUCAUUGCUCAACUCGAUGCGUUCCAUCAUCUCUCUGUUGUUUCUACUCUUCCUGUUUAUCCUCAUCUUUGCUCUCCUGGGGAUGCAGCUAUUUGGGGGCGAAUGGAAUUUCAAGGAAGGAAGACCAGCUCAGAACUUUGAUUCAUUUGCCACUGCCCUAUUGACAGUCUUUCAGAUUUUAACUGGUGAAGAUUGGAAUGAAGUUAUGUAUAAUGGUAUUCGCUCCAUGGGAGGUGUCAACUCGCAAUACGGGAUGCUCUUCUCCAUAUAUUUUAUAGUUCUUGUGAUAUUUGGAAACUACACACUGCUUAAUGUGUUCUUGGCUAUUGCUGUUGACAACUUGGCAAAUGCUCAGGAACUUACUGCCGCUGAAGAAGAAGAGGCGCAAGAAGAAGACCAGCGUGCCGCAGAACUUGAAAAAGAGGUUGGCGAUGCCUUUGGGAUUGGUCACGGACCACCUGGGAUUGGACCCCCCAUGGUGAACAUUUGUCCACCUUCUCCACAGAAUAAUGAAGACCGCAAAACAGGAAACUUUAAUUUUAUUUCUUUCAGUGGAGAGAAUAAAACGGACAACAGAGACAAGUCAGUCAGUAUAACAAUGGACGGCAAGAAAGAAGGAACAGAAGCUGAUGGAUCCGAUUCAGCAACUGUUUCUAGUGGGGAUGAUGGGGAAGAUGAGGAAGGAGGAUUUCUCAAUGGACCCAAACCCAUGCUCCCAUACAGCUCUAUGUUUGUCUUUGGACCGACAAACCCAAUCAGAAGAUUUUGCCACUUUGUUGUGAACCUACGUUAUUUUGAUUUGUUCAUCAUGAUAGUCAUCUGCGCUAGUAGUAUUGCCUUGGCAACAGAGGACCCCGUAAAUAAAGACUCACAGAAAAAUGCAAUCUUGAACUAUUUUGAUUAUGUCUUCACAAGUGUAUUCACUGCAGAAAUGAUACUCAAGGUGAUAGAUCUUGGUAUUCUGUUCCAUCCUGGUUCUUACUGUAGGGAUCUAUGGAAUAUUCUAGAUGCGACAGUCGUCAUUUGUGCCCUUGUUGCCUUCAUAUUCACGGACAGUGGAAGUACUGGUGGUGCCAAGAAGAAUCUCAACACGAUCAAGUCUCUACGUGUACUCAGAGUUUUAAGACCCCUUAAGACAAUCAAAAGAGUUCCAAAAUUAAAGGCUGUGUUUGACUGUGUUGUGAACUCACUAAAGAACGUCCUCAACAUCCUGGUAGUUUAUAGUCUCUUCCAGUUUAUCUUUGCCGUCAUUGCUGUACAGUUGUUCAAAGGAAAGUUCUUCUAUUGUACAGAUGAGUCAAAGAGAACUGCCGCUGACUGCCAAGGAGAAUACUUUGACUAUUCUAACAGUGCCUCAGAGCCAGAAGUGAGACCACGAGAAUGGAAGACACAGGAUUUUAAUUAUGAUAAUGUGGGACUAGCUACUCUCACUUUAUUUACUGUACAGACGGGCGAGGGUUGGCCUGCGGUGCUCCAGAACAGUAUGGCUGCCACUGAAGAGGAUCAGGGGCCACAACCUGGGAACAGAAUGGAGAUGUCAAUCUUCUAUGUGGUCUUCUUCAUUAUCUUUCCAUUCUUCUUUGUGAACAUCUUCGUUGCUCUUAUCAUCAUCACGUUCCAGCAACAAGGAGAGAACGAACUCGUUGAUCAAGAUCUCGAUAAAAAUCAGAAACAAUGUAUUGACUUCACUAUAAAUGCACGUCCCCUGUGCAGAUAUAUGCCAAAAAACAAGGACUCUGUGAAAUUCAGAAUCUGGCGACUUGUGGUAUCUGCACCAUUUGAGUAUUUUAUCAUGGUGAUGAUUGCGCUCAAUACAAUUAUACUUAUGAUGAAGCACUAUGGCGAACCUCAAUACAUGGAACAGAUCAUGCACUUUCUGAACAUCACAUUCACUGUGCUGUUCACCAUAGAAUGUAUACUCAAGCUGCUAGGCUUUGGCAUAGGGAAUUAUUUCCGAGAUAAAUGGAACGUGUUUGAUUUCAUCACAGUCAUAGGGAGCAUAACUGAUGUACUUGUCACACAAUUUGGGAACAACUUUAUCAACCUUGGUUUCCUGCGUUUGUUCCGUGCCGCCCGACUGAUCAAGCUUCUGCGCCAAGGCUACACAAUUAGAAUCCUCCUAUGGACUUUUAUACAAAGUUUUAAGGCUCUCCCAUAUGUUUGCCUCCUGAUUGGAAUGCUGUUCUUCAUUUAUGCCAUUAUCGGAAUGCAGGUAUUUGGAAACAUCAUCCUAGACCCUGGCACAGAUAUCAACAGACACAACAACUUCAGGACAUUCUUAGAAGCACUCAUAUUGCUCUUUAGGUGUGCAACGGGGGAAAAUUGGCAAUCCAUAAUGUUGGCAUGUGUUGCUGGUAGCACGUGUGAUCCCGCCAGUCUUUCCACUGAUACCAAUGGAACCAUAACGGGUGACCCGGAUCAAUGUGGGGACAACUUUGCCUACAUGUACUUUGUUUCAUUCAUUUUCCUCUGCUCCUUCCUUAUGUUGAACUUGUUUGUGGCUGUCAUUAUGGAUAAUUUUGACUAUCUUACUCGAGACAGUAGUAUAUUGGGGCCACAUCACCUCGAUGAGUACAGUCGUGUGUGGGCAGAGUAUGAUCCUGGUGCUACGGGUAAAAUCACCUAUACAGACAUGUAUGAUAUGUUGAGAAACAUGGAGCCCCCAGUUGGAUUUGGCAAAAAGUGUCCUUACAGACUCGCAUAUAGAAAACUGAUUCGGAUGAACAUGCCAGUAUCAGAUGAUGGGAUGGUUCACUUUACAACCACUUUGUUCGCUCUUAUUAGGGAGUCUCUGAGUAUUCAUACUGGUCCAGUUGAGGAGAUGAACCAGAAGGAUGAGGAUAUGAGAGAGGUCAUUAAGAAAAUGUGGCCCAUCCAAGCCAAGAAAAUGAUCAACCAACUGGUGCCUCCUGAUGAAGAGUUGUCGUUUCAAAAGAUGACAGUAGGAAAGAUCUAUGCUGGACUUUUGAUAGCUGAAAACUGGAAAGCAUACAAGGCUAGCCAGGCUAAGGGAGGGGGACGACCUCGACCACCAUCAUUGUUUAGACGACUGAUGGGAGCUAUGCAGACGAAUGCCCCAUCACUGAAUAGCCUGGACUCUGCGGGGCAGAGCCAGGGGGGAGAGAAUCAUGAGGGGGUGGAAGGAACUAACAGCAUUGACAAAUCCCACCAGAAUGGAGACCACACAUGGAAGAGGUCCUUCAGUUUCCUGAGACGCAACUCUAGUAAGAAAAAUAAAGAGAAGGAAUCGGAAGCAGGCCAGAACAACAACCAGCAAGGCGCUAUUUAUUAUAUAUCCGAUGGUGGAUACGAUAAUACAUCCUUUGAGGGUGAUGAACUUUCGCAAAAGGGUAUUGAAAUGAAAACAAUGAAUGGUAAAUCUGAUCAAAGUAUGGAUGUUGAGAGUGCUUUGAUCACCAUGGCAACCAAUAUUACAUCAUCCAUGACACGUUUAAACAUGACCACAGAUGAGCAACCACAGCAACCAACCACUCAACCAGUCAGCAACCAACAGCAACCACAAACAUUCAUGGGUGGCUUGAGGCCAACACAGGCUCGAGCCAUGCCCACUCCUCAGCCACGCAUGCCUGUAAACAAUCAGACACGGCCCUCGGCAGCUACUUUGCCACGUAUGUCGGCUCCCUUGCCUACCAUGGGCAUGAAUGGUAUGAACAAUCAAAACCAUGCCCAACAGCAGCAGCAGCAACAAAAUAUACAAAACUCACCUGUUCCAACUCAAAGACCAAUGCCUACCACACCAUCCCAUAAUGCUCGUUCCCCGACAACAUCUCCACGGCAACUACACAAUCCAUUCCCUCCAAGGUCACCAUCACCUAGGAGUGAUAUUGGUUUUGCUUCCGCAGUCACCAACAUAUGUGACCAGGUCCACGACAUGCAAGACCAGCAGCAUCCAGGCCGUAGACGUAGAAAAGGACAUCAAAACUUGGACUCUCCCCAAGGUAGAGGGCGCAACAGGUUACGCAGUGGACGGCCACCAUUGACUGCCCAGCGUCAGGUCAUUGGAUCCCCCGCCCCUAGCCCACUACCCAGUAGGAGUGGAAGCAGAGAGCCUAUCUAUAGAAGCACUUCACUGGAGACUAGAUCCAGAACACCAUCACCAGAUCAGACCCCUGAGCAUACCCCUCAGCAGGAGUAUUACGGGUCAAGUAAUCUGACUGACAGAUCCAGAAGCCCAAGCCCCACCCUCGUGCCUAGGCAAAGUCGCAGUAAGCGCUCCAAUAGACAGCUCCCAGAUGUACCUGGGAAGAGAGUACCCCCUUCAUCUCUGAACUUGAGUGGUCCUAAAAAAGUUAAAGACAGAAUGCCACAUGUGAUCCCAUCUCCAACUAUACCCCAGUCACAUAAGUCUCCUGGGAGUAUUAAUUUCCCGAGACUUAGUGCGUCCCCUAGUCACAGACCACUAAAUGUGUCACCUAAUAUCAGGAAGAGUGUUUCACCAGGGCGGCCAUUACCCACGAGCCCAACAGAGAAAAGUAACAUUAAUAUAAUAAACAAUCAGCUUCGUUCCACCAGAACCCCUCCCAGGGGUCGUGCCAAAGACAGAGAAAAUAGAGAAGUGCAGGAGAGAAAUUUGAACCAACCCCCUCCUCAUAUAAACAACAGAGACCGGUACCAGGACAAUCGUUUUACUGAUAUUCAAUAUAAUAAUUCCCCUGCCCGAGAGCCAAUGUUGCGAGGUGGUAGACAGACUUUACCCAAUGGUUUUAAGCCAGGACAGCUGAGAUCUGAUAGGACAGAAAUACGCAGCGGGUCAGUAAGACCUAACAUGAGUGAUUCCGAUGACGAAGAUUGGUGCUAGCCAAUCAGAAUGUACAUGCAAUUGUCGCCAGCCAAUCAGAGUGCAAGAUUUGGUGCUAUUAUGACAUCAGCAUAAUAAACAAUUGCUCACGUCACAGUAGAGUAGGUUGUUCAACAUUCACAUACAUAAACAUUUCUAACUAAAACAUUUUUGGCUUAAUAUGAAACAUCCACCGUGUGAAUGUACAUGCCAAAGUUUCUCUAAGCAUGUACAUUUAAAACAGUCAGUGUCUAAAUUGGCAUUUGAAUGAUGCCUGUUUUUUCUCUAAAUAAAAAUUCUCCAACUUUCAUUCAUUUUUCAUUUGUAAAUACAGCAUGUUUUCAAGUAUGAUCAUGUUUUAUACCACUGGGCAGUAUUCUUCUAUAUUGCCCAGGUGUAAGAUGAUGUUGUAAAUUGGCUUUAAGAGGCUUGGCUACAAGACUUUGUGUGGUCUAAUUUGUAAAUAGAAAUUAUUUGCUGAGUUACCUUUAAUUGGACACUUCAUAUAAUAAUAUCUCAAAUGUAUCCGGAAAUAAUUCUGACAUCUUUUGUUUGCUUUUGAAACUUUUAAAUGCCAAAAUUCUUGCCAAGUAGCUAAAUUACAUGUAUUUGCAUGUAUCACAUGUAUGGUAGUUCCAAAUACAUGUAAAAGCUAGACGAAUCUUCAUAUAUCAAAAUCUAAGAACUCUAUUUUAAAUGUGAUAUACUGAAACUCAAUGGUCGACAUCUUUCGGUUUGUUCUUAAAGUUCAGUGUGAAAGACUAAUGUUAAAAAUGUAACAGAACCUCUGAAUCUCUAGACCUGACCUACAUGUAGGUAUACUUGUAUUUACCAGGUUUCACAUGAUGCACUAAAUAGUAGUUACUAGAAAAUGUUACAUCUCGUAUUUGCAGGUUGUCAACCAUCUCCAAAAUGAAAGGUAUAACACUGGUGAUUACAUUAAGAACUGUGCAAAUAUUGGCAUCGCAAAUUAGCCUUGUGCUUGCAUUAGGAGAUGGGAAAUGAUUGGUCAAUACAAAUAUAAGCCUCUGUACAGUUAGGAAGAACAUGAUUGGUCAAUACAAAUGUGGUAAAAAGGACUCUGCACGGUUACGAUUAACAUGAUUGGUCAAUACAAAUAUGGUAAAGAGGACUCUGUACAGUUAUGAUUAACAUGAUUGGUCAGUACAAAUAUGGGAAAGAGGACUCUGUACAGUUACGAUUAACAUGAUUGGUCA